GGAGCGUAACGGCGUGUUUCCGGUAAAACCAGGCCGAGAGAGAAAAUAGUAACAGUAAUCUAUGUAGCAACUGAAAAUAAAAAACAGUAUAGAAAGAGUUGUCCACUUUGUUGGACAACGUCUGUCCAAUUUGCCUAACCUUUACAAAUAGAUAUCGAUUGGUCGUCGGGAAAAGAGUCGGCUGUAGCAAGGCAAUGGAAGCCGAGUUUCGGACAAUCGAUGAACCCGGGAGUUGGAACGCCAUUUACCAGGAAAUCCGUCAGCAAUCAAGUGAGCUGCCCUGCAAACUUGCCAAAUUACCUGAAAACAAAACUCGGAAUCGCUACAGAGAUGUCAGCCCAUUUGACCACAGCCGAAUCCGCCUGCAACUGGGUGUGAACGACUACAUUAACGCCAGCCUAAUUUCUGUAGACGAGGCACAGAGAAGCUACAUUCUUACUCAGGGACCCCUUCCAAACACAUGUGGCCACUUCUGGGAGAUGGUUUGGGAGCAGGGAACCAUGGGAGUGGUGAUGCUGAACCGUGUCAUUGAGAAAGGAUCUGUGAAGUGUGCACAGUACUGGCCACCUAGAGCGGAGAGGGAGGCAAUCUUUGAAGACACAAAUUUCAAGCUUACACUUGUUUCAGAAGACAUUAAGUCUUACUACACUGUCCGUCAGCUGGAGCUGGAAAAUCUGUCGACUCUGGAAACUAGAGAGAUCCUACAUUUUCACUACACCACCUGGCCUGACUUUGGGGUGCCCGAAUCUCCAGCCUCCUUCCUCAACUUCCUGUUUAAGGUGCGGGAGUCUGGGUGCCUCAACUCUGACCAGGGGCCUGUGGUGGUGCACUGCAGCGCAGGCAUCGGCCGCUCUGGAACCUUCUGUCUCGUCGACACCUGCCUCUUACUGAUGUCCAUGCGCAAAGACCCAUCAACUGUGCGUAUUCGUGACGUGCUGCUGGAGAUGCGACGCUAUCGGAUGGGCCUGAUUCAGACCGCUGACCAACUCAGAUUUUCCUACCUCGCUGUUAUUGAAGGUGCCAAGUGCAUCAUGGGAGACACAUCGUUGCAGGAGUCGUGGAAAGAGCUCUCCAACGAAGAGGACGUUCCUCCAGAGUUCACCCCUCCCCCGCCCCACUCCCGACCCCAAGGUCCAAUCAACGGCACGGUUGAACCUUCCUUCUUUCCUGAAGAGAUUGUUGUUGCGCAGAAUAAUUUCCACACUCGCAGUGCCCCACCAGAAACUGAACUGCGAUGGAGGGGUGGUGGUGAUGGUGCUACCUCCCAGUCUCCCACCGUCCCCGCUGAUCAACCUGGCUGCCAGGUGGGAAGCAAAGAACCAGAUCCCAAAGCUCUGAUGGAACCACACCGGCUGCAUGAGACUGAAACACAACAGGGGCUGAACCAGGACCAGGCAACAGCAGCAGGAGACGACAGCCUUGAGGCUCAGGGUGCCUGGACCCCCCUGCUGGCCAACAUGUGCCUCUGCACUGCCCUGGCCCUGGGUGCUUACAUCUGUUACCGGGCCUGUUUCCACUGAUCUCCUCUACCCUCCUCCCUCUCUUGCUCCUCCCUUUCUCUUGUCUGUUUUUUUGCAGGGUGAACUGGGUCGAGUGGAUUGUUUGGAUUUCAGCAAAUUGAUUGAUUCAGACUCGCUCACUUGUUUUCUUAACAGAGCGUGAGUGUGGGAGGAAGGACUGCCCCUUUUCCCUUGUCACCCACCGUAGCUCCCAUAUGAACUGUCAGUUUGGACUCUCAGGACCUCAAUUUUCAGGUGUCGCAUCCCAAAUACAGGUGUUGAUGUAAAAUCAAAUGAGUGAGCAACAAUUUUUCAUCAUAGUCGUUAGUAAAGGAAGAUGUGUGUGUUUGUUUCUGUGUUCUAUGAGCUGAAUGGUUUACUAGUUGACCCUACCUACACACAUGCACCCUAUAUUCAGUUACCAAAUGGCACACUCAUAAGUGUUCUUCCAUUUCAGCCUUUGCAAAUAAUGUCCAUUGGCUAUUCACCUUUCUCUACCAAAUAGUUAUUUCAAUCCAGCUCUUCAAAUAAAAAAUUGGUCAAGAGGAGUUACUCAGUGCUUGAUUUGUGGCAACCCUGCAGUGCCAACAUAAUGAUUUGCUGCGGAGACGUUAGUAAAAAGAAAACAGACACAUUUUUCUCCUUGAGAUGAUUGGGCAGUAUUAUUCCCAGGAGUAAACUGAGACUAGGGGGUGGCCACUGUCUGAGAGAGACUGCCCUCCCUGCCUUCCACUGGUUGAGUGGUGCAUACAGUGGGUCAUUUACAGGCCAUAGGAGAGCUCCCUACCACUGCCCUGUUUUAGGGCCUUUUGGCGAGAGCUGAGUGAGUGAGAGGGCAAGCGAGCGAGUGUUUAGUGAGAGUUAACAGCUUUCUACUGAUGCUUGAUUUCUAUCUGCUGUCUUAGUGGAAAACAUCACAAGUUAAUAAUACAAGUCAGAUUUGAAAUGUAUUCAAGAUUGAUUCCUGGCCCUUUUCUCUCCCACCGCGUAUUCAUUCCUAACUUGACAUUUAAGCAGGAGUGUCUUGUUGAUAAUGUGCUUUGAAUGGAAAUGCCGCACACACGUAUUGAGCUGUUCUGGCUGGCCUAGUUUGAGAUGCUGUAUUCACAUUUAGCCUGUUUCAAAAAGUGGUUCCAGCUAACGCUGAUGUACAAAUUCCAAAAUGAGUCUCCAAUGAUUUCGCAACAAUUUGUUAUUGUUGUCAAACCUAUUAAAUAUAUCAUUCAGGGAUAGUAACUUCUUGCUGUCACCACAUUGGAUGAAUAAUGCAGAAGCUUUUCAUGCUAAAGAAACAAAGUGAAUGUGUAAGGAGGAGGGGAAUGCAUCAGGUGAGCGUUGCAUAGUAAUUAAAGAGCAGGUAUCUGAACACAGGAGGCUGCAUUAACGCACAAAAAUGCCAGCUCAGCCUACUAUAUGGAGACACAGACAGCAGCUAACCCUACGCCCCCUUCGCUAGCAAUACAAAUACUUUAUAUUGACCUUUAUUUUCCCCAUCCUCUGACAGCUAAACCCAUCCUGCCUGUAUGGACAGGGAGCCUGGGGUCUCAAACCAACCAACAAACACCAGCACAUGGAAUAAAACACUGUAGUGGUGAUCAGUUAUAUUAUGUUAUGGGACUGUGCUGUUAAGUUUGUUCUUACUACUUUUUUCCCACAUAAACAUCCUGCAGUUUUGAAUAAACAGGUUUUUAAUGAGAUUAGUUCAACUGAGUUUAAUUUACUUUAGUGACUCAAAAAGAACUACUUACUUCCUGAGUCCAACAGCUGUACUUUUUCUCUAGAAUGUAUGAAAGCCUACCCAAGGACACACCUUCUUGAUACUUUUUUCAGAUCAGGUUUCAUUGUGCUGGCUUUUUCUUUUUUACAUCCAUCAUUGUAUUCCUUUUUUAAUAAAAAAAAAUGUACUGCUGAUUUGUUCUAGGUUUUGGAACUGAGUCAAUUGUAAGAUUUUAUUUUAUCAGACUGAAUUCUGAACAAAGGCUGUGGUAAUAAAAUCAGUCCCUGUA